AUGGAGAGGCAGGGAGGGGAAGAGGUUGGGCUUCAAUAUCAGUGGUUUAAUACUACAGCAGCAUCAAACAACAGCAACCCUAUUGUUCCUUCUUCCUAUACCUUACCCGAAAACCACCUCCGCCGCGAAUCGGCUUCCGAAAACCAUCAUAUCUAUUGGGAUCCUACCUCGGGGAACCCUAUUGUUUUUCAAAACGCCAUGUUGCCAAACAAUCCCUACCAAAACCUUACUCCCUCACAGAAUACCAAUCCGAAUGAUCAUCUUUUUUUCCCUGCCAAUAGUCUCCAAAACUCACCAUGUACCAAUAAUCUCAACAUCAACAGUACUGAUUUUGCCGAUCAAGCCCAACACCAUCAGCUGACAGCAGCCUUGAAUCGGCUAAGCAUAUCGAAUCAUCAUCAGUCCGGUGGUGCCACAUCAAAUCCAAGAGUAAACAGCUCCUUAGGAGGUAAUGGAUUUACUGCUCAAUACCAAUCUUCUCAUUAUAUCCGAGAGGAGGAGGAAUAUUUGGAGAGGUUGAAAAAUCAGUAUGUUUUGUUAAUGGCCGAAAUGGAUCAGUACAUGAGGCUUCAUGGAUCACCAGUUGCCAAUCAUGUUACUACUAGUAAUCAUGCUCUCCCCCAUAGGGCAAAUUUUCCUCUAACAGAUGUGGGAUCUACCUAUACAGGAGCGAGUCGGGUCGGGAGUAUUACUUCUGAUCAAUUUGGUUAUGGAUAUAAUCCAAUGAGGCCUAAUAAUCCUGUUCGUAAUGGUGUAAUUAGUAGCAGGGGAUCAAGGUAUGCUAAUGGAUCUGGGCGACAGCGUUUGAGUACUAGUUACUCAUCAUCCUCAUUGGAACAAAGGGGCCAAGUGAUGACCAGUAAUUCAGUGGCUAAAGAUGGAUCAAGGUUUUCUAAUGUCUCCGUACGGCAGCAGCAUCCAACUGCUUUCAAUCUAUCCUUGGAAGAAUUAAGGGGCAAAAUUGCUUUGGUGGCCAAGGAUCAUGUGGGGUGUCGUUUUUUGCAGAAGAAGGUCGAGGAGGGCAAACCAGAGGAAGUUGAGAUGAUUUUUAAGGAGGUUAUGGACGCAGAUUUGCGUGACUUGAUGGUUGAUCAAUUCGGCAACGAGUUCAUCCAGAAACUUGUUGAAGCAACCAACAAAGAAGGACAGUCCAAAAUGCUUGACUGUGUGAUGAGUGAUGAGAAAAAACUCAAGGACAUUUGCACUGAUCAGCACGGAAGUCGAGCAAUGCAGAAAUUGCUAGAGAGAGUUGAGACCCGGGAGCAGCAGUCCUCGUUCAUGCGACUUCUGAAGCGCAUCACAAUUCCCCUCAGCAAGACUCAGCCUGGUUACUAUGUGAUUCAAGUUUGCUUGAAACAUUUCUCUCCUGAAUCCACCAAGCUUACUGUGUGUGAUUGCUUUACUUCUCAAUGGUUUAUCUGUGGAAGAUCAAGGCGUGCAUGGGGCAUCCUGGAAUUGGUGUUAGAGAACUGCCUUGCCCUAGCAAAGGACAAAUUUGGGUGCUGCUUAGUGCAAAGCAGCGUUCAUUAUGCUUAUACAGAGGCAAAGGAGCGUCUUGUGGCUGACAUAACUGAACAUGCUCGAGUCCUCUCUGAAGAUCCCUACGGGAACUAUGUUGUCCAGUACAUAAUUGGAUUGAAGAUACCUCGUGUAACAGCAGAUAUACUAGCACAGCUGGGAGGGAGUUUUGUUAAUCUCUCCAUGAAUAAGUAUGGUAGCAACGUGAUUGAGAAAAGCUUGAAAGAGGCUGGAGAAGAACAUAUCAAUAGGAUUAUUAACGAGAUGAUUAAUAGUCCCAAUUUACUGACUCUUCUUCAAGAUCCUUAUGGGAAUUAUGUUGCUCAGUCUGCUCUGGGAGUAUCCAAGGGAGCUGCUCAUAAUGCUCUUGUGCAACUCGUUCGGAGCCAUUACCCUUAUCUUCACAGCCAUCUCUAUGGAAAGAGGGUGCUUGACAAAACCAGAGGACACAGGCAUCGUUGCUAA